UCGGAUUAAUGUUUCAGCGUAUCAUUUUAUUUUUAUGCAAACGUUGAUCAGCCUAUUGAUUUUAUUCAUUAUUCUCGGACCGAACAAAAUGUUAAAUUGAUCUUUUGCUCUUAGCCUGUGACCAAUUACCAUGUUGUUUUUUAUUUGGUCGGUAAUUUCCCUGUCGCUGUUACUACCAGGAACUACAGAGGAGUACACGCCUCCAACAAUUCUAACAACUCUAACUCAUGCUGAUAUUGAACAUCUGCCGAGCUCCACCUACUCCACCUCCUUCACCUACGCUCAUACUUCCACUCCUCUUCCAGACAAUGUUAUACUCGAUGAGACAGAAGAUGACGAGGAAGAUGUUUCUGAAGUAGAUCAGGAGGGAGAAACGGAAGAAGGCGAAGAAGAUAUUGACGAUUUAUCAAAGAAGGCCAAGAAAAAGGCUAUGAAGGACAAAAAGAAAAAAGGGAAAAAAGAGAAGAAAGAAAGAAAGAAAAAAGACAAAGGGGAAAAAGAAAAUGGGACCAAAAAAGAAAAAAAGAAGAGCAAAAAGAAAGGAAAAAAGAAUAAAGGGAAAGGCAAAAAGGAUGCUAAUUUGUGCAAGGCUGGAAGCUUCAGUACAAAAAAAGGAUGUGAGCAAUGCUCUGAAAAUACUUUUAGUGGGAAUGAAGAUUCUGCAUGUACACCAUGCCCGAACGGAUUAGUAUCUGCAGUCGGAUCAACAUCAGAGGAUGACUGCUCCUAUGACCAAUACCCGACCUGUAACUGUUGGACUGCUGAGUGUGGGUAUUGUUCCAGUAUCGAUUGUACCGUCAAACAAGACCUCUUCAACUCCAACAACGGAAUUGAGGUCCACUCCACACCAGGGAGAAGAAGAAAGGAACUAGAUACAGUUAUUCUCUAUAACGAGGAGGGGGAGCAGCUUGGUCAGUUUCAGUGGAACGUGAAAGGGAUAUAUUUGUCGGGGUGUGUGAGGUGCCAAACACCUCCAGCUCUGAAAGAGGCGAGGAUCAAAGGCGGACUUGAGGAGCCGUGGACCUUCUCUCUUGCUGGGGGUGUGGUCCAGAUACGGAUGGGUGGAGAAGUGAUGUAUACAAAUCCGUUGAAAGGGGAGUGCUUUGAUAGAUACGUUAAAGUAAAUCGGUUCGCGUUCUACAAAAUGACCUGUGGGAAUUCAUUCUCUUUUAUACCUAAUGAAAUGGUGGCUGGAGAACAAGUUUCGUCUAACUGUCCUGUUGCUUGUCUACUGAAUCAGAGCUUGAGUUGAGUUGUUAGCCGUUAGGACUGAGCUACUGGCUACUGAAACACGAUUUAUAUACUAUAGGACAUAGGUAUAUAGUACCUAGUUAUAACUUUAUAAUUAUGUUUAUUUCUAA